AUGAACCAAUUGGCAAUCCUCGUCCUCGUGGCAGCGUUCAGCUUCGCCAACAGUGGCCCGGUCGAGCCCGUGCACCACGAAGUCGUGCCGAUUCUGCACCAAACUUCCGAGGCAAGCCCCGACGGCUCGUACUCGUACAGCUUCGAGACCGGCAAUGGUAUCAAGGUCGAGGAGCAGGGCCACGUGAAGGACCUGGGGGGCGAGCACGAGGCCAUGCAGGUAAAGGGCAGCUACAGCUACAUCGCCCCGGACGGCACCCCCAUCAAGGUGAGCUACACCGCCGACGAGAACGGCUUCCACCCCGAGAGUGACGCAAUCCCCGUCGGCCCGGCCAUCCCCAAGGAAAUCCAGAGGGCGCUCGACUGGAUCGCCAAGCAAGCCCCGGCUGACGAGCUCCACCACUGAUACGCUCGAGACCAGCCCCACCGAGACCACGGCUCUAUAUUAGAGCUCCGGAGGCGUUUUUCUACGUUUUGUUUACGUGUGUUUACUAACAUUUGUCAUGAUCCGUUUUUUGAAUGACCA